AUGAGCAAAGCGGAACAUUUCUUAAUUAACGUUACCAUACUCGAAGGUCGUCAUUGGCCAUUACAGAACACCGAUUCCGCGGUCAACGUCAGAGUUGGCAAUAAGAAACGCUGCACCUCAAUUUGCUAUGGAACGGAUGCCCCAUACUUUAACGAGUACUUCGUCUUUGAGUUUUUGGAGACUUUUGAGAACUUGCUUGAUUACAACAUAACUUUAACCGUUUUUCGACCGCGCAAGAAGUGCAUGCCUCAUAAGACUAUCGGAUAUGUUACUCUGGACGUGGCGACAGUCUGGAUGCAAAAAGAUCACCAAUUCUAUCACAAAUGGGCCGUAGUUGUACCGCCUUACAAGGAGGUAAACUCGAAGCUGUGCGGAUUUCUGAAGGUGGAUAUGGGUGUCAUCAGAAGGGGCGAGAAGUUUUCAAUUCCAGUCAUAGACGUCCGUGCCACAGAUGAUAUUGAACGGAAUCUGUUACAGUCCGCGGGCACGGCGGCCGAUCGGCAAAAGGCGAAUUACGUUUUCAAGGUUUAUCGUGGUGAGGGGUUGACCAAGGGAAAAGGACUGGAUUUGAAAUAUCCAAAACCGAUUGAGAAAGAUCCUCCAAAUCCAUUGGUCGAAAUCUGCUUUGCAGGUCGGAAGGCUAAAACCUCCACGAAGCGAAGAACAACGAAUCCGAUUUGGAAUGAAAGUGUGGUACUCCCCGAGUAUUUCCCUGCACUUUGCCAGCGUAUCAAGAUUAACAUUUACCACAGCGAUCGAUGCAUUAAGACCCUCAUAGCGUCCACUUGUGUAGAUAUGAGAAAUAUUUCUAACGACAAAGACUGCGGAUUUUUGCCUACCUUUGGCCCCGGUUUUCUGCAUUUUUAUACCACAACGAACAAGAUUGAGGGAUAUGUUGGGAAGAUUUUGAUGUCGUUUGCCACUGAGAUACCUACUAAUGUUACGCGAGUUUAUAAAAACAUCUCCUUGGGACAUAUUGCUGCGGUACCGGAGAGCGAGAUGUGGAGAAAGGAAGAGAUUGUGCUGUGUGCAGUUAUCUUCAAUAGUAACAUGAUCCCGAAGCGUCAUAGUACCUACCCUAUCCGCUUUGAAAUCAGCUUUGGUCAUCAGAUGGCGACUUCAAAUCAAAAUGCGAAAGCCAUGAAUGCCAGAACUUUUCCUCAGGUACCGUCAAGUGCAAACAAAAUCUACUGGAAUGUCGAUUACGGGCCAGAGAAACCGUGCCUCUUUGUCAAGUUACUAGUGCCCGAUUUGCGGCACAUCUUGUACGAACAGAACCGUUUUACUAAGCUGAUUGGUGAACUUAAGGUGAAAUUAGAACGCAUUAAUAACCUCGCUUCAGUACAAACGACUCAAAAUGGCGUACUUGAAAACUUACUUAAGGAUGCGUUUACCUUUACUACCAGCACGUGUAAGAGUUUCUUCGAUUACUUACAGGUUCCAAAGCAAAAUUUCGUGACCGAUCUUAAGGCCCAUUGGAAUCGAUCGUGUCAGAAGGAAUUGAAUGAAAUUAUACACACUUCAUCACAAACCAGAACCUACGACAGAAAUUCCAUCAGAACCAUUAACGAACUGCACUUCAAAUUAGAGCAGCUACUAUUUACAGAGGAAACUUGGCCGAACGUCUACGUCACAAUGAUCUGCAGCAACAAGAAGGUUGCGUUUGCAAAAUUUCCACCAAAUGAGUUGAUCUACUCCAAAACUCCAGAGGAAAGCGGGAAAUUUUGUGGAAACUUGCAAAGUGUGUUUUUGCAGCCAAUCAAAGCGGACAAAUGCUCUUGCGCACUGGACUUGUUACUGUGGUUAGAUUUAGAAGCUCAGAGAGUGGAGCGUUUCAAACAGUUCCUUUCGAAAUUUGAACUGUCGAAUAACUUUUCCGAUCGGGGUUUCCCUUCGUAUGUGCAAGCAAAGGAAGUUCACAAUUUUCAAGGCAGAGCACAUAUUUAUCAGGGAAAGUUUUUCUUUGGUGCUGACAAGUCGGGAUUAAGCGACCCAUUUUUGCGUAUCAUCAUUGGAAACCAGUGUCUACAGACUAAGGUAUCCCAAGCAACACUAAACCCAGUUUGGGAUCAAACUUUAAUCAUACCUCGACUAUUGCUAUACGGAACGAGCGAUUUUAUCAAAUCCAACCCUCCUCUGGUGAUUGCCGAAGUGUUUGACAAAGACCUAUGCAACAAGGCCGAGUUCUUGGGACGGUGCACUUUUUCUCCUCACAUCAAAUUAGCCAAUCAUCCUUACAGACCACCCGAUUUUCCACCCAAACUCGUUUGGCACCGCGUCCUUCGCAAGCAGAAAACCGUCGGUGAAAUUUUGGCGGCCGUAGAAUUGCUGGAGAUUACUGGGGAAGAUAAUAUGGAGAUAAAGGCGCAUGACGUAGUAAUUCGCAUACCUACAGAUAUUAAACCGAAUCUGGUCAAGUAUCGCCUGGAAGUCUGCUUCUGGGGAUUGCGCCAAUUGCGCAAGGUAAAUUUCGUGCCAGUCUGUAAGCCGAAGGUCGUGUUGGAAUGCAUGUACGCCACUCUCCAAACAGAAAGUGCAUACGCUGUAAGAGGAUGUCUGAAUUUUAGACAACCCUUCCAAACCCUUGACGUGAAUCUUCCUGAAGAAUUGUACUAUAUUCCUCCUAUGUGCUUGAAAGUGUUUGAUUGUCGAAGCUUUGGACGUUUCGUGCUCGUGGGUGUUCAACUGGUAGACAUGGCUCUAUUUUUAACCACCCUUCUUACGAAGGUGGAACGGGAACGGCUACUCUUGCAGACCCCGGCACCUCCGAACAAGCGCAAACCUACCCAAUUCUUAAAAACAAUUAACUUCCAAGGCACACAAGUCACGGCCCACGUUAAUAAAGGUACCAGUGCAAAGUUGCAAAAAGGACCGAGAUGGAAGACGCCUAAAUUUCAACACAAAAAGGCAACUACGACUACGAUACUAAACUGUUUUCGAAAGAGGCAAAGGUCGCCUGAUGUGGAGAGAAAUCAAGCUAAGCCCAGCAAAAAGAAGCGGAUAGCGAAAGUGCUUUACAAAAUUUUGAAAGGUUUCUUCUACGCCUUUUGUUUCGUUUGGAAAAGCAAAUGCAGGCGCAAAGUGCCGAACUGUCUGAAACUUCGUUUCGGGCGCUCCAAAACAAGAAGUCGUAGCAAACCCAGGGCGCGAAAGCGCCAUGUUACCGACGAUAAUGACAACGAGGACGCUGAUUGGUGGACUAAGUACUUCGCGUCGUUCGAGGGCGUUGAUGUGUCUAAAACGCGUGGAAAUAAACUACAGGUUUACGAAAACGAAUUAGAAGAGCAGCCCGAGUUUAAAGGUUUCCAAGACAGUUUGCAAGUGUUCCAAAUGCAUAGAGACAAUCUAACAGGUGAUGAUACCGUGGAUGAACAGAAUAUUAAGGGAAUUUUGAAGGCAUCAAUUCAUAUCUACAAACACCCUCCGGAUGAUCUACAACACUAUGUGACGCCAACCGGUCAUUGCCUCGAUAAGGGGGUAUUUCAGAACUUCCACUCGAAUGAUCCUUUGCAGUUCCUUUUGAGAGUCUAUUGUGUCAAAGGCAUAAAUUUAAGGGCAAAAGAUUACUGCGGUAGAUCCGAUCCCUACAUCAGAGUGGUACUGGGAAAUGUUACCAUUAACGACAGGGCGAACUAUAUCCCGCGUCAAGUCAACCCGCUGUUCGGAAGAUGUUUUGAAAUGAAAGGUGCUUUCCCGCAAGAUCACCUACUGAAGGUGCAGGUAUGGGAUUAUGACACGAUUUCAGCCGAUGACCUGAUCGGCGAGACGAGGAUCGACAUCGAAAACCGGUACUACUCGAAACACCGCGCCGGUUGCGGCAUACCGUCAGACUAUCACGAAGGUGGAUAUUGCCUUUGGCGGGAUUCCGAGAAGCCGACGACGAUUUUGACUAACUUAUGCAGGGGGCAUAACCUUCCCGCGCCUGAAUAUCAGGCGAACUGUGUCCUUAUAGGAAGCAAGCAGUUUCAUACAACGGGAAAAGAUGGGACUUUGUUGGGUAAGGAAACUAUGGCCUUGAAUGUAUUACGGCAUUGGCACGAAGUUCCCUUGAUCGGAUUUCAUUUGGUUCCAGAGCACGUGGAAACUAGAUCACUGUAUCAUUAUGAAACGCCUGGAAUUGAGCAGGGAAAACUUCAACUCUGGAUAGAUAUCUUUCCUUUCAUGGACACCCAAUAUCCGACAGCAGUAAACAUCGCACCAAGGAAACCCACAUCGUACGAGCUCCGCGUAAUCAUUUGGAAUACCGAAGAAGUCGUUUUGCAAGAAGACGACUUCUUCAUCGGAGAAAGAAUGUCCGAUAUCUACGUCAAAGGGUAAACACGAGCUCGCGAUGCAAAGGAUCACCACCAACUUCCA